CAUAAAUGGAAUUUCAAUUUUUUCAUGGAAAUAUAACUAAAGAAAAGUGUGAAGAAUUACUGAGCAAAGUAGGAAUAAAUGGAAGUUUUUUAGUACGAGACAGUGAGAGCGUACCUGGCGCUCUUUGCCUCUGUGUUUUUUUUGAACAUCUUAUCUACACUUACCGAAUCUUCAAGAAAAGUAAUGGACAUUUUAUGAUGCAGACAUCUGAAGGUACUCCAAGAUAUGUCUUCAGAACAUUACCCAGUUUAAUUGACAACUACAAAAAGCCAAAUCAAGGCCUAGUAAUCAAUCUGUGCUACCCUGUAAAUCGUUCUCCUUACUAUCAGGAAACUCAAACUGUGUAUGCCACUACAUCAGAAACAUAUGAGGAUCCUGAUGUUGGUGAAGAUUACAUUAACGUCUUGCCCGAUUAAUCUGUUCACUCCAUUUCAGCAGGGGCAUUCUUUGGAUCAUACUCAGGCAAACUAUUCUAUUCACUUCACUGAAUUCUGUGUUCAUUUGUACUUUGGAUAAUUCUGUGUUAAAUGCCAAUUUUUACUUGCUGGCUUGCUUGUCUAUGUAAAAGGCACAUUUUGUAAAAUGCACACACAUGUGUAUAAUCUUCUUUCCAUGUACCAAGUACAUACAUGGUCACUUUAUGCCCUGAUGAAGUGGAUAUUUGAAAAGCUCCAACCACAAAAAUGUGAUAGUUUUUUUCAUAUUGCAAUACCUCAUUAUAUUUUCAUUUUAAGAGUUUUCCUUUAUUUGUACUAUUUCAGUUACUAUAUCUGAGAGUGAUAAAUGCAAGGAUCUUUGAUGUUCAUAAAUUUCUAAAUUGUUCAUUUUAGUCAGUAUCAUUCAAUAUCAUUGCUAUAAGUAACACAAAAAUAUAUUUAAAUCUCAUGGAGUGUAUACUUUAAGAUCACAGUAAUAAAUAUAAGAAACGUAAGAAUGUUUAUAUAGCUCAGUGGUUCUCAACCUGUGGGUUGGGGGGGGGUGUCAAACAGCC